UCAGCCAUACUCCAGCUUGUUCGCUUCAUCGUCUCUCCGUCAGGGUAGCAAUGGAGGAAUUGGAGAAGCAAUCCAUAGAAGAAGCUUCGGAAGAGGUGUCUCGCGAAUUCAAAACCCUUAUCAAAACCGAGGAUUUGGAUUCUGUCAAGCAAUUGCAGUAUCUCAUAUUGGGAAGGGUACAGGACAGUAACGCCGUUCUUUCUCAUUUUAAUGAGUAUUCAGAACACUGCUUUGCUGAGGUUUCUGGUGAUUUUUCAAGAAAUGCUCGUCUCUUAAAGUCCAUGAAAGGAGAUCUUGAUUACAUAUUUCAGAAGCUAAGGGGCAUGAAGGCAAAAAUCUUGGCUACCUAUCCAGAUGCUUUUCCUGAUGAAUCAACAAGAGAAGCACUCGACCAAAGACCAGACCUUGAAUUGCCUCAAUAGAUAAUCUACUUCUUGUCUCAAACAUGAAUAAUGAUGGAGAUAUGGUCAAGCUGGCGCGUUUAUAUUGUUUGCACACGGUGUUACUAGGUCUAGACUUGUGCAGUGUUAUAAAGGUCAAGAUACUGUAGCUACUCGACUGCCCAUUUGUUUAACAAAUACCCAUGGGGUAUAAAGGUGUGGAAUGUGACUGUUGAUUCACUAAGAGUUAGAACGAGGUUGUCACAAACAAGAGCCGAAAACAAUUGCUCCAUAGUUACUCAAAGGUACAAUUUAAUGGGUUUCUCUUUAGUAUUCUAGAGAACUUGCCUAUUUAUAUCACCAGUUAGCUAAAAUAAUUGUUAAACCAAUAUAUUAACGAUUUCAUAACUUUAA